AUGAUGCAAUUCAUUUUAUUAAGUUUGUCCUUUGUUGAAAUAAUAAAAGCAGCCUUCACUCUCUAGACUUGUAACACAAUUUCUAAUGCAACUCUUUGCAAGAUGGCAGGGAAUUGCGAAGUAAGUGUUUAUGGCACUCCAAUCACUUGUUCAACUAUAACAGAUUGUUACAGAGUGAGUGAAGUUUAGACUUGCAUAUAAAAUGCAAUAAUUGGAUGUAUACCUUUGAACAUUGACUAUAAAUAUGAAAAUGUUUGCGUGAAAACAGGAGAAACCAGUGUUCCAAAUGGACUAUUAAGAUUUAGAAGAUAAGCAAACAUAACCAGAUCUUCAGAUAUCACAUUNUUGUAUGUUAAAGAAGAAAUCUCAUUUUGA